AUGGGUAGAAAGAACAAGAAGAAUAAUAAUAACAACGACUACUGGGAUACAGAGUUCGAAGAAGAUGCUGAAGCUAACAAUUCUUCAGCUGUUGUUUCUGGCGACGAAAAUAAUGCUGAUGCAGCUGAAGCAGAAAAAGCAAAGAACAAGCAGGACGAAAAAAGAAGAAGGAGGAAGAGGAGAAGAAGAAGAAAGCUGCAAACAACAGUGAUCAAGUCGAAGAAAGAAAAGGAAAGGGAAAGAAAAGAGCAGAAGAGAGGCAAGAGAAAGGGCACAAAAGCAGCAGCUGAAAAAAAGGCGGCUGAGAAGAAUGCCAAGGCUCAGGAGGAGGCAUCAGCAAAGAAGGAAGAUACCAAGUCUGAGCCAAAAGGAAAGAAAGAGGAAGUGAAGGCAGAGAAAAAGCCAGCAGGCAAAAAGAAGACCACUACGUCGAAGAAGAGCAAGAAAGGAAAGAAGGUUCCAGCUGGUUUAGCACUGUUGAAGAAGCAGAUGGAGCUGAGAAAGAAGGCAGCGGAAGAAGCAAAGAAUGCAGAAGAGGAAGAGAAGAAGAGAUUGGAAGAGGAGGAGAAGAAGAGAGAAGAAGAAGAAAAGGCCCGCGAAGAGGCUAAGAAAUUGAAAAAGGAGAAAGAGAAAGCUAAAAUUGCCCAACUGAAGAAGGAAGGUAAGUACCUGACAAAGAAACAAAGGCGUGAAAGAGCAAUUGCUGCCAAGAGAAGAGAGUUCUUGCUUAAAUCUUCAAAUAUUCAUGUCUCCGGUGUUGCUGUCAAGGAUGGCGAGCUGAUGAAGGUUGCCGAGGCUGGUAAGAAGAACGAUGAGAAGGAGAAGGAGAGAGAAAAGGAGAGAAAGAAGCGUGAAAUAAAGCAAGCUAAUGAGAAAAAGAAGGCUGAAGAAGCGGCAGCUUCUAAAAAGACUGAGGACGAGAAAAAGGCUGCCGAAGAAGCCUCAAAGAAUGAAGUGGUUGAUGACUGGGAAAAACUUGCUGCUGGUGAUGAAGUCGCAGACAGUUGGGAAGAUCUUCUGGAUGGUGAAGAGACAACUGAGACUGCUGAAGUUUCCAAAAAGACUGAAAAGAAGGAGCAGAAGGCCGAAACUGCUAAGCCAGUGGAUGAGUACAGUAUUACAAAAAAGGAUGCUUCAAAGGAGGUCGAGAAGCCAGCCAAAAAGAGCAAGGGGAAAAAAUCAAGCAGUCCAGAACCAAAAGCAGCACCAGAAAAGAAAGAAUUACGUUCUCCUAUCUGUUGUAUCUUGGGUCACGUUGAUGCUGGUAAGACGAAGCUUUUGGAUAAGAUCAGACAGACUAACGUCCAAGGCGGUGAAGCUGGUGGUAUCACACAACAAAUUGGUGCCACUUACUUCCCCGUUGACGCUCUUCGUAAAAAGACCGAGGUUAUGCAGAAGUUCGAGAAGUUGACGUACGAUGUUCCAGGUUUGUUGGUUAUCGACACUCCAGGUCACGAGUCGUUCACCAAUUUGAGAAGUAGAGGUUCUUCUCUUUGUAACAUCGCUAUUUUGGUGGUAGAUAUUACACAUGGUUUACAGCAGCAGACACUGGAGUCUCUUCGUUUGCUUAGAGACCGUAAGGCUCCAUUUGUGGUUGCCUUGAACAAGGUCGAUCGUCUUUACAACUGGAAGGCCAUUCCAAACAACAGUUUCAGGGAUUCGUUCACCAGACAGGAGGCCUCAGUGCAGAAUGAGUUCGAGAAUCGGUUUAACGAAAUUAAGGUGCAGUUGGCAGAGCAAGGCUUGAACUCUGAGCUUUACUACAAGAACUCGAACAUGGCUAGAUAUGUCAGUAUCGUUCCAACUUCUGCCACUACCGGUGAAGGUGUUCCGGACUUGCUUUGGUUGUUACUUGAGCUUACUCAAAAGAGAAUGAACAAGCAGUUGCGUUAUCUUUCGGGCGUUCAGGCCACUAUCUUGGAGGUUAAGGUUGUUGAAGGUCUCGGAACCACUAUCGAUGUCAUUCUCUCAAACGGUGUUUUGCACGAAGGUGACAGAAUUGUCCUUUGUGGCCUAAAUGGUCCAAUAGCGACGAACAUCAGGGCCCUUUUGACGCCUCCUCCAUCGAGAGAGUUGCGUAUAAAAUCGGAGUAUGUCCAUCAUAAAGAGGUUAAGGCUGCUUUGGGUGUCAAGAUCUCCGCAGAUAACUUGGAAAAAGCUGUUGCUGGUUCCAGAUUGCUUGUUGUCGGCCCAGAUGAUGAUGAGGAUGAGAUGAAGGACCUCGUCAUGGAUGAUUUGACUGGUUUGCUCGAUUCCGUUGAUCCAACAGGAAACGGUGUUGUUGUCCAGGCUUCCACCUUGGGUUCCUUGGAAGCUCUUUUGAGUUUCCUAAAGGAUAUGAAGAUUCCAGUUAUGUCUAUCGGAUUGGGACCUGUGUAUAGAAAGGAUGUUUUAAAGGCAGUGACAAUGCUUAAGAAGGCUCCAGAGUAUGCGGUUAUGCUCUGUUUCGAUGUCAGGAUUGAUAAAGAAGCUGAGCAAUAUGCUGACGAACAGAACAUUCGUAUCUUCAACUCGAACAUCAUCUACCACUUAUUUGAUGAGUUCACAGCAUACCAGAAGGAACUUUUAGAGAAGAAGAGAGAGGAGAAUAAGGAUAAGGCUGUCUUCCCUUGUGUCAUGAAGACCAUUCAGAUCAUCAACAAGCGUAAUCCUAUGAUCAUUGGUGUCGAUGUUCUGGAUGGUGUUGUUAAGGUUGGAACGCCAAUCGGUACUGUUAAGGUUGAUCCUGCCACUAACAGAAGAGUCAAACUUGUUCUCGGUAAGGUUAUCUCGAUGGAGAUUAACCAUGAACCCCGUGAAUCGGUUAGAAAAGGAGAUACCUCUGCAGGUGUUGCUAUUAGAUUAGAAGGAGACGCUUCUCAACCAAUUUGGGGCCGUCAUGUUGACGAACAUGAUCCUCUUUACUCCAUGAUUUCAAGAGAGACAAUUGAUACUUUGAAAGAUCCAGCUUUCAGAAGUACCGUGCCGAGGGAAGACUGGUUUUUGAUUAAGAAAUUGAAAGGCGUUUUAGACAUUGAAUAG